UGGAGAAGACAAUCAAAUAAAUUAUUUAAGAACACUGCGCAGUUAAAACAACAUAUGUGGAAAGAAUAUGUGGAUUUCUUUAUAAAAUUUAAGUCAUGUUGGGAUAUAUUAUCCCGACCUAUUACUGUUCAGGAGCCCAAGACAUUAUUCAGUACGGAACCCGAGCAGCUAGGCCCAUUGCGGCCCAUCCGGCCCACUUUAGCCAUUUGGGCCACUCCGGCCCAUGCGGCCCAUUAGGGUGGAGAGCAUCCCCUUCCCCUAUUCUCUAUAAAUAUGGGAGUUUCCCUCCAUAUUAUGCAUCCCCUUUUGAUCCCUCUUUUUAGCUUCUUCUUCCUCCUUUUAGACUUAGCUCAAUACUCCAUUAAUGGGAGCUUGUACAAUGUAAUUGUGAGGAGAGUCCUAAUGAGAAAGAGAGGGCUUGGACAUUAGCCUAAAAAGUCCCGUGGUUUUCUCCCUUUAGGGUUUUCACGUAAAAACUGAGUGUUCAUACAUAUAUUUACUAUAUCGGCGCCGUCUGUGGGAAUCUGUCCAAAAAGAUUCAUGUAUUCUGCUGUUCUUGAGUUUCUACGAGAAAAAUUCAUACGAAGCGGACUGAUUCCAGCAAAAGAAGAAGAAAAAAUUCUAAAGAAAAGAGUCUGUGAAGUCAAGUCUGGAUUUCUCCAGAUCUGGGUUUGGGGUCACCGGAGCCGUAGUUACCCUUCCCGCCGCGGUGGAUCCUCCGGUAAGUCAGUUUGCACCAGACGGAGACCGAUUGCAGCAUCCCAGGUCUCAAGAUCUUGGUCCUAGGAGAACUCCAUCGCAGCAGCACUGUUCAUCGGGUGAAGCUCGAUUCCCCAACUUCGACGCAACACCGUCAUCUGUCGCCGGUAGAGAGCUGAUGGUCACCCCUCCGUCUGGCCAGUCGUUGCUCGGGCCCCAACUUCUCCAUCGACGAGGCUGGGAAGGAACUCCGGCAGAAAGUUCCCCGAUUUCUGCCAUUAAUGGCAGCUUCAAGUUCGGAGAAGUACGCUUUGUGGUUCAGCCAAACCUCCACCAGAGAUUAGCACCCGUGGCCACCCGUGCUCCGCUGCAGGAGCCAUCUUCGCAGACCGCCGUCAAUAUGUUCGGCUUGGUUGGGGUCAACGAGCCUGCAAGUGGGUUCUUCAUCCAACUGUUCCAAAAGAUACUCCCGUAUAAGUUGCUAUGAUCCUAAACUGACCACGUCCUGCAAGUUGAGGCCAGAUAAUGGAAUGCAAUUUUCCUUGGAGAGAUUUUGACCAAGUCAAAAUUGAGGAAGGGGGUUUAAUCUCAAUGCACUAGAAACUAUCUGGCCGAACCUACACCCCAUAAAGCUAAGUACCCAUACUCUGAGUUGGUGCGUUUAAUUAUUAUUGAUGCUAUGGAAUAAUAUUCUUGCUAUUAGUUAAUUUGUUUUUGUCACCAUUAUUUAAUAGGGAUAAAAAUAUCCCGAAAUUAAAUAAUGCCGAGCAAGGCCCAAAUGAGUGAAAGCUCUAGUGAUAAUUAGUUUGACCGUCAUUUAAAUUAGAUGACUGGUUGUUGUGGGUCCAUCGGCCCGCUCCUAAUCGGCUUUAACUAGCGAUCGGAGCAUAACUGAAUGACCUAUAAUAGGGUAACAUCAGUUUAAUUACUUGCAAUAUCACUAUUAUUUAUUAGGGAUAAAAAUGUCCCGACUUAAAUAAUGUGGAGCGAAGCUCUAGUGAUGGCUAGUUCAGCCAACACUUUUAUUAAAUACUUAAUUAUUUGUGGGGUUGUUGGCCCCCUCUCGAUCAGCUUGAUUAAGCGAUCCGAACGUCUCCAGAGGGUAGUGCCCCGAUGACGCUUUUUUAAGUUGGGGUUGCGCAUUAGUCUGCACGGCAUCAAUGCCUGAUCGAUGAUCGUACCUCAGUACCAUCCGCGCCGCUAGGCGCAAAGUGACUAUUGCCAGACACAGCCUGUGAGGCCCGAGGGCACCAAAGCACUCAACCUCGUUUUUCCGAGGGCGGUGCGACCAACUUGGGUCUGAGUUUGAAAACUCACAGACCGAUGAAUAUUUCUAUGUGACGUUCGGCGGGCUGCUAAUUGGCCCCGCCGCGAGCUGCGACGUCCAUUAACCCCGCACGAUGAGUCGGGCCGAGGGUCACGAUAACCCAUAGGCCAGUAAUCGUGAAUGUUAGAGAGAAAGCCAUGCAGAUGGUUGUGUGUGUAUACAUAUUGUCGGGCCGUGCGGCCCGUUACCAUGCUUAUUGCGCAGCUGAAGCCACUCGACGCGCUCGAGCGAAAUGAUUAAAAGACGCUCGGCCCGAGUCUUGAAGACAUUCAGGGCCAGCUAAAGUGGAGACCAUCACGGCUGAGAGCCGAUGGACGAGCAUCUCCACCCAGAGGUCGAGGGCUUAGAGGAGACCACCACGGUUGAGAACCGUGGGACGAGCAUCUCCACCCCAUAGACCGAUGGCCUAGGAAGAACACCUAGAGGCCGAGGGUCUAGAGUGGACUACCACGGCGGAGGACCGUGAGACGAUCAUCCAUCAUUCAGAGGCCGAGGGCCUAGAGGAGACCAUCACGGCCGAGGGCCGUGAGACCAUCCUGAUUUUCAGGUCGGCCUCUCAUUGCCGACAUCAUCAUAUCACGACCGGCCUCUCGGCAUGGCGUGAUUAUCAUAUUUGAAGACCGGCCUCGUCCCCGCGCUGCGCGGAAGAGGACCGCUGCUUGGUUCUUUCAUGUCGGCCUCUCAUCGCCGACACCAUUACAUCACGACCAGCCUCCCGGCUCGGCGUGCUUUCCAUAUUUGAAGACCGGCCUCGUCCCCCGCACUACGCGGAUGAGAGCCGUUGCUGGAUUGCAAGUCGGCCCCUCAUUGCCGACACUGCCACAUCAUGUUUGGCCUCUCAUCGCCGACAUCAUCAUACCACGACCGGCCUCUCGGCUCGACGUGCCUAUCUUUUAAAGACCGGCCUCGUCCCCACAUUGCGCAGGUGAGGACCGUUGCUGGAUUUCAGGUCGGCCUGUCAUUGCCGAUGUCAUUAUAUAUCACGACCGGCCUCUCGGCCCGACGUGAUUAUCAUAUUUGAAGACCGGCCUCGUCCCCGCCCUCGCGGACGAGGGCCGUUGCUUGAUUCUUUCAGAUCGGCCUCUCAUUGCCGACACUGUCAUAUCAUGUUCGGCCCCUCGGCCCGGCGUGAUUAUCAUAUUUGAAGACCGGCCUCGUCCCCGCCCUCACAGACGAGGGCUGUUGCUUGAUUUUCUCAGAUCGGCCGCUCAUUGCCGACACCAUUAUAUCACGACCGGCCUUCCGGCUCGGCGUGCUUUCCAUAUUUGAAGACCGGCCUCGUCCCCCGCCCCUCGCGGACGAGGGUCAUUGCUUGAUUCUUUCAGUUCGGCCUCUCACUGCCGACACUGUCAUAUCAUGUUAUGAUCGGCCUCUCGGCACGACAUAUUUAUCUUUUGAAGACCGGUUUCAUCCCCGCGAUGCGUGGAUGAGAGCCGUUGCUCAGAUAUAUCGGCCUGACCGGACACUAUUGCCACCUCCAUUAUCAGGACCGACUGCUCAACGACAUUAUGAUCAUUGUAUAUCGGCUCCUAAUGCCGACCUUCUUGAGUUAGCGAUCGGGCUCACCCCUCCCUUCAGGAGGGUGACCAUCGCCUUCGCAUGACGACCAGCAUUUCCAUCGCCUCGUCAUUCUAUUCAUUUUGAUAUCCCACCACCAUUAUGUGUGACAUCACUUGUGGUUAUUCUUGGAACCGACGAACGUAUUUUCCUCCCACAAAAAAAAAAAGAAAAAAAAAGAAGAGAAAAAAAAGAUGGGGAGAAGGGGAGACGAGCUCCUAUGAGAGAGGGAGUCUUGACGAGGUAUGCCAGAUCUUCCUUCGCCGCGAAUGACGAACGUCUCCUGACACGGAGGCCAGUAGAAAUGUGUGGGGGGGGGGGGGGGAUAGACGAACCAAAGGGAACCUCGACAAGAUAAACCAGUUCCUCCCAUGACCCAUGGAUCGACGAACACCUUCUGCCGAAGUAGAGGGCUAGUAGGGCCACGAGCGUGGGGCGACAAAGCAGGGAACCCGCGAUAGGGUAAACCAGUUCCUCCUUGCGAUCGGUGAAUGACCGAAUGUCUUCUUCGAGGGAAGAAGGUUAGUAGGAUCACGACAGUGACGAACGAAGAAACGGGAACCCUGACAGAGUGUACCGGUUCCUCCCCCUUAUGGACAAAUGACGAACGUCUUCUGCGAAGCCAGAAGACUAGUAACUCACGACUGGGGACGAACAGAGAUAGGGAAUCCCGACGUGGAUAAACCUGUUUCUUCUCAUAGUUGGGAUGACGAACGUCUCCUGCGAAACCAGGAGACCAGUAACUCACGAGACUUGGGAAGAACGAAGACCAGCUCCAUGGAUCAGACACGGAGGACCAGUUCUUUAUCGGAGUCUGUUGCGUGCCGAGUGUACACCGCUAGGCGGUCCAUACAUAGGACCACGAAUACGGUAGACGAACGAAGACCAGCUCCAUGGAUCAGACACGAAGAACCAGUUUUUUAUCGGAGUCUGUGCGUGCCGAGUGUACACUGCUUAGCGGUCCGUACAUAGGACCACAGAUACAGUAGACGAACGAAGACUAGCUCCCCAGAUCAGACAGGAGGGACCAGUUCUCCACCGGAGUCUGUUGCGUGCCGAGUGUACACCGCUUAGCGGUCUGUACAUAGGACCACAAAUACGGUAGACGAACGACGAUCAGCUCCCCAGAUCAGAUAGGAGGGACAUCGCCCAGAUUUAUUUCAGGCUCACCAUUCCUUCCCGGAUGGAGUCCUGGCAGACGAUCGGCUUCUCACAGCGAAUCAGGAUAGAGACUUGACACAUCACCAGCACGGCUGGGGGCCGUGAGACGAUUAUCACUCACUGACAGGCCGAGGGCCAUGAGAUGAUCAUCACCAUUUUUAUGUAGCACAAUCGGCCCCUCAGCGCCAUCGUGUCCAGAUUCACGGUUCGGCUCGCACAUCCCCUCCAGGAUGGCGACGACCGUCUUAUGCAGCACGAUCGGCCCCUCAGCGCCAUCGUGUCUCUUUCACGUUCGGAUCGCGCAUCUCUUCCAGGAUGGCGACGAACGUCUUAUGCAGUGCGAUCGGCCCCUCAGCGCCAUCGUACCUGGCUUCACGGUUCGGCUCGCACAUUCCCUCCAGGAUGGCGACGAAUGUCUUAUGCAGUGCGAUCGGCCCCUCAGCGCCAUCGUACAUGGCUUCACGGUUCUUCUCGCACAUUCCCUCCAGGAUGGCGACGACCGUCUUAUGCAGCACGAUCGGCCCCUCAGCGCCAUCGUGUCUCUUUCACGUUCGGAUCACGCAUCCCCUUCAGGAUGGCGACAAACGUCUCAUAUGCAGCACGAUCAGUACCCCAACGCCAUCGUGUCUGGCUCGUGUUCGGCUCGCCCAUCCCUUCCAGGAUGGCGACGAACAUCUCUUAUACAGCUCGAUUGGCCCCUCGGCGGCAUCAUGUCUAGUCCACCUCCGGCUCCGCCCAUGCCAUCUCGGAUGGGGGACCCGUCUUAUGCAGCAUGAUUGGCCCCUCGGCGGCAUCAUGUCUAGUCCACCUUCGGCUCCGCCCAUGCCAUCUCGGAUGGGGGACCUGUCUUAUGCAGCACGUCUGCUUCUCGGCGCUGACAUGCCCGAGUUAUCGAUGAGAGCUACUGCUUCUAGGGCUGAGCAAAACCCGAACCGACCCGCAAAACCCGAAGUUUUUUCCGGAUAUUAUCCGAACCGAAAUGGAUAUCCGACCCGAAAAACCCGAAACCGAAAAUCCGAUUAGUAUUGGGCCUAGAUCGGGUGGCGGGUAGGGUUUGUAUAAUCUCAACCCGACCCGCCCGAAUAUCCGAAAUAUAUUAAAUAAUUUAGUGUGUACUUUGAAUAUGUUAAGUUAAUACUUGUGUUCAAUUAUUUGUGUAAUUAUUUGUGCAAUUUGUGUUAAAUUAUUUUUGUAAUUUGAAUGUGUAGUGCACUAGUGUGUACAAUUUUUGUCAAAGUGACAUUCCAACACUUUAAUUAUCCAAUUAUAAUGUGUUUUAAUAUAACCGAAAUAUUCGAAAUAUAUUAAAUUAUGUAGUGUGUACUUUGAAUAUGUUAAAUUAAUACUUGUGUUCAAUUAUUUGUGUAAUUAUUUAUGCAAUUUGUAUUAAAUUAUUUGCGUAAUUUGAAUGUUUACUGCACUAGUUUGUAGAUUUUUUGUCAAAGUGGCAUUCAAACACUUUAAUUAUCCAAUUAUAUAUAUUUUUUAAUAUAACCGAAAUAUCCGAAACCCGAUCCGAUAUCCGACAAUAUCCGACUUACAAAUAUCCGAAAAACCCGAUUUGAAAUAUCAAAGGGUCGGGCCUAGUAUUUAACUUAAAAAACCCGAACGGGUUUAGGGUACGCAGACCCGACCCGACCCGCCCGAACCCGACCCGUGCUCAGCCCUAACUGCUUCUAUCACAUCUUGCAUUCCCUCUCUCAUACAUUACAUACAUACAUUACAUGCAUACAUACAUUCAUGCAUCAUACCUCAUACAUUCAUACAUACACACGUGCAUCAUGUUUUGACAGUACCGCGACGUCGGUUUAUAGAUGCAUGGACCUCUAAGCUUCUCCGAUUGGAAAGCUCGAGUCAGAGUCCUUUACUCCCGCCUGAUGCAUUCAGGGGGAGUGUGCCCGUGGAGGAGCACCCUUCGCCCGACCCCGUCGAAGACACAAUUUCCAGCAAGACAGAGGAAGAGCGCAGACAAGAGUAUAUUUUCUCGAGCAGAUUCGCACGCUCACUACUCAAGAAACUGGGGGACUUGUGUUGGGAUAUAUUAUCCCGGCCUAUUACUGUUCAGGAGCCCAAGACAUUAUUCAGUACGGAGCCCGAGCAGCUAGGCCCAUUGCGGCCCAUCCGGCCCACUUUAGCCAUUUGGGCCCACUCCGGCCCAUGCGGCCCAUUAGGGUGGAGAGCAUCCCCUUCCCCUAUUCUCUAUAAAUAUGGGAGUUUCCCUCCAUAUCAUGCAUCCCCUUUUGAUCCCUCUUUUUAGCUUCUUCUUCCUCCUUCUUUUAGACUUAGCUCAAUACUCCAUUAAUGAGAGCUUGUACAAUGUAAUUGUGAGGAGAGUCCUAAUGAGAAAGAGAGGACUUGGACAUUAG